UUCAGCCUGAAGAUAGGAAAACAGGAGACGACCAUUCCGAUCAGAUACACGGAAUUGUUCGUAGAACCCUCUGCGGCAGCUAAUCUUAUUCCCCAAGCGAUUUCUGUUGUAACAUCCGCUGGUGACAAGCGCAAUGACGCAGAGAGUGUCGCUCUCGCCGAGCCAGCAUCCUCGCCACAAUCUGAGCACCUGCCUUCUCCUCCUCUCCCUCCUCGUCUUCUCGUCUCUCCACGCCACGUUGGCCUUUCGCUCCUCCGCGGGGCUCCGCGUGGACAAGCUGCGCGGAAUGAUGCGCGGAAAGAUGCAAGGCGGACGCUCGACCGGACAGCAGCAGCAGCAGCAGGGCGGAGGAAUUGGCGGAGGAGGCGGCGGCGGAAUGGGCGGAGGUGGAAUGGGCGGUGGGGGAAUGGGCGGAGGCAUGGGUGGUGGAACGGGAGGGCGUGGCUCAGGGUCUUCUGCUCCAGGGUCGCAGGCAGCACCCGGCGGAAUCAGCAGCGGCAGAAUGGGUGGUGGAGGAAUGGGCGGCGGCGGAAUGAGCGGCGGCGGAAUGGGCGGGGGCGGAAUUGGCGGAGGUGGAAUGGGCGGUGGGGGAAUGGGCGGAGGCAUGGGUGGUGGAACGGGAGGGCGUGGCUCAGGGUCUUCUGCUCCAGGGUCGCAGGCAGCACCCGGCGGAAUUAGCAGCGGCAGAAUGGGUGGUAUGGAUGGCUCCGGCUCGUUUGCUCCAGGGUCGCUGGCAGCACCCGUACUGGGCGGAUCUGGGAUAGGCAGCGGGAUUGGAGGAGGCAUGGGCGGACCUGGUGGGAGCAUGGGCGAACCUGGGGGCAGCAUGGGCGGACCUGGGGGCAGCAUGGGUGGACCUGGGGGCAGCAUGGGCGGACCUGGGGGCAGCAUGGGCGGACCUGGGGGCAGCAUGGGCGGACCUGGGUCAUCUGCUCCCGGAUCAGAAGGAGCCAUGAGUCAUGGGGGGAGCAUGGGCGGAGGCAUGGAUGGGGGUAUGGGAGGAGGCAUGGAUGGGGGUAUGGGCGGAGGCAUGGAUGGGGGUAUGGGCGGAGGCAUGGAUGGUGGUAUGGGCGGAGGCAUGGGGCGUUGAAUGGACAAAUGGAAGAAAAAAUUGCGAAGUGGACUGAUGCUCGCGACUUCUUUGGAGAUUAGGCAACGGUUGUAGGGGCCUCAGUCGCUUUGCGGGGCUCACAAUCACUGCCAGAACUUGGCCGCAGCAGCCCUGACAGUGACAGGCGCACGGAACUGUCUGUCGGUGCUGCUUCGUCCAAGAUCUUGACAGUCGGUGCAGUGCAGCCACUUGUGUAGUCACAUCGCCUUUCAUAAGAUCUAGUCUUUGAACAAAUGUGAUACCUCUCUGUGUUUUGGAAAAUGUGCGCUUUUUAUCCCCUCUCUUCCCGCUGAAGCAGAAGGAUGCUAGCUGUUAUGUAACAUCAUGAGAGAAAAACGAUAAGGUACAU